CAGUCGGUCACGUCGGUUGUUCGUCGUAUUUUCUGCCGUCGUAGAUUUAGCGAUAAAACUUUUCGUUGUCUUGUAUAGUAGAUAUCCUCUGUUCCUAGGAUUUCUCUCCGGUAUAAAUGAAAAAAUUUGGUUAAAGGAUAUUCUACGCGGAGGGGUAUUGUAGUGGAUUUUGUGCGUUCGGUAUAUAUAUAUUUCAUCUAGUAGAUUAAAUAAUAGUAGGUGCCGUAGGAGUGAUAAGAUUUGGUUCCAAAGAGAAUAAUGUGAAAAGUUGUGCGAAUAUUCGGAGAAGAAAGUGUGUUGGGGUGGCAGAAUUAGGAGAUAAUUUUUUCGUCCUUCACCACUUCGCUCUGCGCUUGCUGAGUUUCCUGUCUCUUGCGUUUACGUUGGUGUAUGUGUGUUUCUGCAGACUUCAAGCACCAGAUCUUUUUUUUUCUUGAAUGGAUCUGAGAUAGAACAACAAAGAGUAGUUCAGUGUUAAAAUCGCAACAUUGUUGGGCAUCAGCUGUGGGAUUCGCACUUUGUAUGCUAGGUCAACUCGGUGGUUGACUAAUGGUUCGUAAUAAAUAUUCGCUGAGCAAUGCUGGCAAAUCGCCUAGUAAAAAACCUCGCACUAAUAGUAAACAACACGACGUCAGUGAUAGCGAGGGCGGCAAAGGAGGUUCCGGAACGGAACUAGUAGACAGCAAAGGCGGUACCUCCACGCAGCGAUGUGACACCGUGCAUAAGCAAAAUCUUUACAUUAUUUCGUUUCCAGUUAUAUUUGUGUUCAACGUUUUGCGUUCGCUACUGUACCAAUUAUUUAUAAUUUUCCGGUACAUUUAUAAUUUCACUACCAAAGUUGUGUACAAACCGGUGAAGAAGGAUUGUGGGCUGGAGAUCGUGAUAAACGACCAAAAUCAGCACCCGUUGCACAAUCAACAGCAGCAGCAAUUGCUUCACCACCACCACCCACAGCAAUACGACCCCCAGCAAGCACAUCUCCUUCAGUACUCUAGUAGUGGCGUGCUGGGUAAUAGCGAGGGGCGAGAGAUGUCCGUGCAGCGGUCGGCCAGCGGGAGUCAAGUUGGCCCCGGUGAUCCACUGCUGGCUAAACAGAAACACCACCAUCGGCGAGCUUUCGAAUACAUCUCGAAGGCGUUGAAGAUUGAUGAAGAGAAUGAGGGACAGAAGGAACUCGCAAUCGAACUCUAUCGGAAGGGAAUCCUCGAACUGGAGCGUGGAAUAGCGGUUGAGUGCUGGGGCGGUCGAGGCGAGGUCUGGGAACGAGCGCAACGUUUGCAUGACAAGAUGCAAACGAAUCUAUCGAUGGCCCGCGAUAGGUUACAUUUUCUGGAAUGCAUGCUAGAAGCUAACAAGCUAGAAAUAAGCGAAGCGUACAAACUGCAGCGCUCCAACACGUUCACUCUGAGUGAGCAACCGUCCAAACAGAACCACCAAGUGGUAGGGGCACCCUUGGCCGCGUUCAAAGGGGAGCCGCACAAACGAGCACAAUUUAAGGUUCCUACCGUAGUCAGCAAGUCGCGGGUUAAUCCAAGUGAUAGGACAAGUCAACAGGAGAACCGUAUGAUUACGUUCCACGAAAGCUCGAUGUCAACGGCGGGGACAAGAACUGGUAGGAGUGCAACGACCGGCAAGGAAGCUUCCGGUCGGAAAUUAACAGUCGGUUACAAACGUCCUGGCAAUCUAGGUGUGAUGAACAAGUCGCAAACGUUGCCCCGUAGCAUGGGUGGCACGAGAACGACUCCAACCGGUACCAGUGGUGGCAUGGGGCCAAAUUCAAGCAGUGGCGGGACCACCGCAUGUGGCAUGCCGAAAAUCGUGCCAAAACCGGCAGCGACGCCACCCGCCAUACGGAGACAGUUCUCGAUUCCAAGCGGUUCACCUAUCCGAAAAGCAAGCAAUGGCUACGGCCACAGCGGGGGCAAAAAUACUCCACCCAGAUCGAAGACUCCUCUAGGAAUGCCUUCCACCAAUCAGUCCGGCCAACAACAGCAACAACAAAUUAACGUGAAAGGCGUAGAGCCAAAGUUAGUCCAAAUAAUCAUGGACGAAAUUGUGGAGGGUGGUGCGAAGGUGGAGUGGCAAGACAUCGCCGGCCAGGAAGUUGCUAAACAAGCCCUCCAGGAGAUGGUAAUUUUGCCCUCUGUUCGGCCAGAGCUAUUCACGGGACUUCGAACACCCGCCAAGGGUCUGUUGCUCUUUGGUCCACCAGGCAACGGUAAGACACUGUUGGCGCGAGCGGUAGCAACUGAAUGCUCGGCAACGUUUUUCAGCAUAUCGGCCGCAACACUAACCAGUAAGUACGUUGGCGAUGGAGAGAAAUUGGUGCGCGCAUUGUUUGCCGUAGCACGUGAGAUGCAACCCUCGAUAAUCUUCAUCGAUGAGGUCGAUUCGCUGCUUUCGGAGCGCAGCAGCGGUGAACACGAAGCAACCCGUCGACUGAAAACUGAAUUUCUGGUGCAAUUCGACGGCCUUCCGGCGAAUUCAGAGCUCGACAAGAUUGUGGUAAUGGCAGCCACUAACCGACCGCAAGAACUCGAUGAAGCCGCACUGCGGAGAUUUCCCAAGCGAGUGUACGUUACAUUACCCGACCUGGAUACCCGAGAGCUGCUGUUACGAAGGUUAUUGGAGAAACAAGGAAGCCCGCUAGCGGAUGCAGAUUUAAAACGAUUGGCACAUUCGACGGACGGGUAUUCCGGAUCAGACCUCACGGCUCUGGCCAAAGAUGCAGCACUAGAACCAAUCAGAGAGCUCAACGUCGAGGAGGUGAAGCACAUGGACGUCACAAAGCUGCGCAGCAUUCGGGAAAGCGACUUCCACAACUCAUUGAAACGAAUCCGUCGUUCCGUGGCGCCUCACAGUUUGGCCGCGUACGAAAAGUGGCUGCAGGACUUCGGGGACGUCACGCUGUAAAGGAGCUGGCUGGAACAGCUUCAUGCUUAUGUUGGACCCACUCCUGUGUAUGUAUGUUUUUUUAGGAUUACACGCUACCGACUUAGUUGUAUGUGAUAAGGAAAACAAAGAGCAGCCAUACAGAGCUGUUCUCUCGCCAGCGCAAACAUGACGCAAAAUUUAAUCGUAAUUAGUCGUAGGUAAUGUUAAUGGUUAGUUUACCCUCUGUCGUUAAAAUCGUGCUACCAAUUUGCUUGUUGACUUUGGUUCGAACUCUUUUCUCUUUGUUCCAAUUUCGUUUGCAAGAAUGAUCAAUCAAUAUUGUUACUUAGUUUAGCUACGAAACGUUCCAGGUAAAGUUUCGAGGUGCAGACAAUAUGUGUGCUGCAGGUGUAUUCCUAAUAAGUUGUAUUUUCAUAUGACAUUCUUGAUUACUUGAAAAGGAUAUGUAAUUUGCAUGGCAACAUUUGAAAAAACAAAAUUGAUUAUUGCUGAACUUUGUAAACAGUUAGUGUUGUAAAUAGUUGUAAAUCCAUGAACACCACUCAAUAAUUAAAUAAACAAAAUUUAUUCUUGCUGAGUUGAACAACACAACACUUCCUGCUAGUUUUGGAAACAUGAUAAAUACCUUAGUAUGAAAUAGAAGUUACCGAGUAGUAGGACGUUGAUUAUUAAUUCAUCUAUUUGUAACGGUAAAAUCUCUUAUUGGUACUGCGUGGCAAGAAGCUUUUUCCCCAGUGGGAGAACAUUUUUCGAGAACAAUACCAUGUGAUUGUUCGCUAAACAAGUAAAUAAGCGAUAUAAUGCAUUGUGAUGUGAUUGUAACGAAAAAUAGCAAUUACCGAGUAAUAAAAUCAGGACUCAAAAAAAUGCACAAAAUUUACAUGUUGCCUUUGAUCACCACUAACCAACUGUAUGGUCGACUGUCACAAAAUAGAAAAUACAACGUUUCUUUAAUGCUGCACAUGUCUUUAUCAUGGACAUUUUUAUCACAACUUUUUGCAAAAUAAUGGAAGAAUAUCUCCUGUAUUAUCGAAUAACUAUGAUGUUUACAACACAUUCAAAUAAUUUUAGAAGGAACAGAUAAAAAAUGUGCUCAAACCAGAAAAUUGUCGAAAUGUUUAUAUCAUAUGCUACGUUGCCAAAUAACUCAACCUUCGAAAUGAACCUUCACCCAAUGUUCGGAAUACCGGACAGCCUCAUGAUCAAUUUUCUUCCAUAUCACUGAAAUGUCCCAAAAAAAAAACAACCUAUCUGUACAUUCUAAAUUCGCUGCUUAUUGUAUGUGAACCUAGGUAUUUGGUUUGUGAUUGAUGUUCUAGAUUUUCAACAUGAAAAAAGGUGAAACAUCAAAUUUUGGGGUACAAAAGAAACACAGACGAAAGACAGUCGAUUGUGGAAACGAUUUUGAAACGUAUAGUGUGCUUGGUGUAUCGAAUCAAAUUUCUAGCUUUUGUAAAAAGAAAAAAAUCAAUGAAACAACACAAGGACUUACAACACGAAAAUGGUAUUUAGUAACAGCUGAUAAAAUUUAACCAAAGCUGAGUCUAGCGAGCGAAAACAAAACAUAUUGUAAUAAGUAUUAAUAUGAGCUAAUUUCGAAAUGAUUGAAAACUCAAA